AUGGAUGAGAAACAUCUACCAAGAAAUCACACCAGGAUGCAGGGGGCUACCUAUCGCAUCAAAAUCUGUCUCCUCUGGGUAGGAACUGCUGUUAUGGCAAUGGUAUUUGUAUUCGAUUUCUACGACCUCUUUAUCGGACGAUACCAGAGGCAAGCACCAACAACUUUCAAAUACCAUGGCGAGCAUAUAACAUGGACGCCUUGUGGAGACCUCAAAGGCAGCCACAUCGAGUGCAGCAACAUCACCGUCCCAAUGGACCAAUUCGAUCUGGAAAACUCCAGAGACAAGACAUUCACGAUUCCGCUUUUUCGCCUGCGCAGUGAAAAGGCUACCCAAAACCUCAUCAUGAACCCCGGUGGCCCAGGGGCAAGUGGCUUCGAUCUCUUAUACAGCGGAGGCGAACAAAUCCGGACAAUAGUCGGCGAUGGAUUCCAUCUCCUCUCAUUCGAUCCUCGAGGCGUCAAUACCUCAACACCCGUGGCAACAUGCUACCCAGACGCCAAGACAGCAGCGGCAUUAUCAGGCGUUCGAGCCUCCAAUCCGGUGACUGAUAGUCCCGAAGUCUACGCAUGGACACAGAAUUUCGUCAAAGCAUGCGCCGACACAAUGGGCGAGCAUGCCAAGUACGUAAAUACCCCACAGACAGCAGCAGAUAUGAACAACAUCCUAGACGCACUCGGGCAACGGGAUAUGAUCUACUGGGGUUUCAGCUACGGCACUCUCCUCGGACAGACAUAUGCAGGAUUAUACCUGGAACGCGCGAAACGGGUUAUAAUCGACGGCGUAGUGAACCAGUGGCAACGAUACGAAGGACACUACGAAGAAGAGUCAAUGGUUGACACGGACACCGUGCUAGACGGAUUCUUCGAUGAGUGCAUCAAAGCCGGCGCUACAAACUGCCGACUCUCUUCGCUGGCGACAUCUAAAGAAGAACUACGCGACACAGUGCUUUCAUUCAUGGUCAAACUGCGAGAUCAGCUGAUUAGUGUCUACAUCAACAAUACCAUCUACGGUCUCCUGAACCAUGACAUGGUAUGGUACAACGGCAUCUUCAGGGCACUAUACAAACCACCAAGCUGGUUCGCCCUCGCGGAUAAUCUAUACGAACUCAUGCAAGGUAACGCAACACCCGCCUUCAUAGCCUACAGCACCGGCGAGCGAAUGCCCGACCAAUCAUUCGCAUUCAUAUUCCUAAACGACGGCCUUAGCGGUCCAAAGCAUUGGCCAGAAGGCCGAGAAGCACUCCUGAACAAAGUCACACCCUGGCUAAACGAAAGCCUCUUCAGUGAAUCGAGUUUCAAGCUCUAUUAUAUGAAACAGCAAUGGGCUAUACCAAAGACACAUUCAUAUGUUCCACGGAAAGGUGUGAAAACAGCUCACCCGCUGUUAAUCCUGUCUACUUCCUACGAUCCUGUCUGUCCGCUUGUCUCGGCGCGCUCGGCUAAUGAGGCAUUUGUUGGGUCGCAGAUUGUUGAGGUUAAGGGGUAUGGGCACUGUUCUGUUGCGGCGGCUUCUGUUUGUCUUGCGAGGCAUCCGGAUGGCAAUGGUCUGGUUUCUGCUCAGAGGGAGUUUGAGGAUGCCGAGGAUGAGAAGAUUCAUCUUGCUCAAUUGGAAAUGACGAGAGAUUGGGAAUUUGCUUGGCCGAUUUUGAGUUAA